AUGGCACAUUACCAGAACCAGUACAGCGCAAAAUCUGGAACCGACCAGUACGGCUACCCAAUUCGCCAGACCGACGAAUACGGCAAUGUCAUCUCCGAGUCCGGCCAGUAUGCCGACACCCGCCACCGGACCGACGAAUUCCGCGAGACCGACCAGUACGGCAACCCGAUUCGUCGUAGCGACGAGCAGCAGCAGGGUGGAAUAUUUCAUCAUGAUAAGACGGUGACAACCACGAGGGCGGAGAAGGGCGGUGAGCAUCACGAGAAGAAGGGUAUAAUGGAGAAGAUUAAGGAGAAGUUGCCGGGAGGACACCAUUAA